AUGGGUGACAACUGGCUUAGCAAGCAAGUCCAAGGUUAUGUCGCAGGCGCCGGCAAGGUGGCUGGCAACAUUGUCUAUGGCGUAGGCAGCGGUGUCAACAAUGUUGGUAGUGGAAUUGGCAACAGCAUCACCAACACCACUCGAUACUGGGGCCAGGGCGUUGCUGGCUAUGGCAACAACAUCAAGGAUGCCGCUCGUGCUGGAGGGCCUCGCGUCCCUACUGGUGGAAACCCUCUCGGCUUGAGCGGCGUCGGAUCCAGCAAGACUUUGAUGCCUGGCGGAAAACUGCCUCCCGGUAGCGGACAACGCAAUGCUGGCAAGGGCACCGCAAACAAUCCUCUGGGCUUGUAG